AAAAGUUCUUGUGACAUGUUACUAACUUCAGUAUGCUCGUUUUCCCUAUCUAAAUAAGUAAAUAAUAAAAAAAAAUACAUGAACCUACUGCUACCUAGUCUAUAAUAUUCAGCACAAUAUCAUUGUAUGAAAAUUCAUUUUUAACAAUUUUAAAACAAUUGAAGUCAAAUGAUAUGCGCCAUGAGAUGGAAGAGUAAACGAGUUACAGCUAGUUGUUACUGUUGAAUCAUUAACUACUCUAAUUCAACCUAUAAUAAAUCUCAUUACCGAGUGAGUGUCAUUCACAAAUAAUAAUGUAGUUUUUACAGUUUAUUACUAGUAUAAAAUGGGGCAAACAUUGUCAGAACCAAUUACUACCAAACACACUGAAAGUUGUCAAAACCAGUAUUUAAAAGUUGGUUCCAGCUCCAUGCAAGGAUGGAGGAUUAAUAUGGAAGAUUCACAUACCCAUAUUUUGGCUCUCCCUGAUGAUCCAAGUGCUGCAUUUUUUGGUGUUUACGAUGGACAUGGUGGAGCAAGAAUUGCACAAUACGCUGGAAAACAUUUGCAUAAGUUUAUCACCAAACGACCUGAAUAUCAAGAAAACAAAAUUAUUGAAGCCUUACAAUUAGGUUUUAUGGAUAUGGACACAGCUAUGGCAGAAGAUGAAUUACUGAAAGAUGAACUUGCUGGAUCUACUGCUGUUGUUGUUUUAGUUAAAGAUAAUACUCUCUAUUGUGCUAAUGUUGGAGAUUCUAGAGCUAUAGCUUCAGUUAAAGGAGUAGUUGAACCACUUUCAUAUGAUCAUAAACCAAACAAUGAGCUAGAAACCAAAAGAAUUGAAGCUGCUGGCGGGUGGGUCAUGUUUAACAGGGUGAAUGGCAAUUUGGCUUUAUCUAGAGCGUUGGGAGAUUAUAUUUUUAAAAAAAAUGACCAAAAAAAACUAGACGAACAAAUAGUAAUUGCAUGGCCAGAUAUUGAAAUUAAACAAGUUACUAGUGAUUUGGAAUUCAUAGUAUUGGCUUGUGAUGGUAUAUGGGACGUCAUGACAAAUGAGGAAGUAGUUGAAUUUGUUCGAUUCCGUGUUGGUACUGGAAUGGAGCCUGAAGAUAUAUGUGAAGAUCUAAUGACACGAUGCCUAGCACCUAAUGGACAAAUGGGUGGGCUUGGCUGUGAUAAUAUGACAGUCGUAAUUGUAUGUUUUUUAGGUGACCGUACAUGGAAAGAACUUCAAAUUCGGUGUUCUACUCCACUAGAAGAAAAGCAAAUAAGCCCUAAAAGUUCACCAAAUCUUAGUCCCAAAUCUAAACACUAAUAUUUUCUUUAGCAUUGUUUAAUACUCUUAUUAUAUAUUCUGAUUCCCAUUCAUCUUUUUCAGGCAAUACAAUUAAUUUUAUAAUACAUGUAUAUAAUAGCACUGGGAUGUAUUUUUUUUUAAUGAUUUGUGUCAUAUAUUUUAUUUAACUUUUUUUUUUUUAAUUAAAUCUUUUUUUUCAUGUAGGUAAGAAUUAAUACUGGAUUACCCUAUUGAAUCCCAAGUCAUUUUGUAUUUGUAUAAGUUUAUAUAUAUAUAUAUAUAUAUAUAAAUAAUUUGAGAUGAAAAACUAAUACCUAAUGAAACACUAAUAAUGUAUAUAACAUUUUCUUGUAACACUAGUCCAUCCAGAAUUUUAGAGGAUGAUGAUACUUUUUAGAGAGUGAGUUUAAAACAAAAUUAUACGUGAUUACAAAUAUAGUGUAAAAUGUUAUGUAAUUUUAAAUAAAAUAAUUGUACAAUCAGACAUUUAGAUUUUAGCGCCCGAAGGACUGGUCGUAUUAUAAUUUUUGUGGAUGAAUAUUAAUAAAAUAAUAGUACUACUUGUACCUGUUGAACUGAUUAAA